ACCGCGUCUCUUCUGGUCAUUUUCCGUGAUUACGAGAAGAGAGAGAUUUGAUUUCUUCUUCUUCUCCAUCAUCUUCUUCUCCAUCAUCUUCUUCUUCACUCAAUUCAGCAUUUCCUCACUACUCUCCUUUCCUUUAACCGCCAUUUUUUUCUGUACCGGAGCAUGAACUUUGAACGACCAGAACCAUCAGGACAAGAAGAAGAAGAAGAAGAAGAAGAAGAAAAAGACGAAGCUUUUCAGUUUACAGAGUGAUUGAUAACCAACGAAACGAAACGAAACGAAACGAGACGAAACCCAGUUCUUCAAUUCUCUAUCUAUGGGCUGCUCUGCUUCCAGACCCAUCACCUUCCCUUCCACUAACCCAGAAUCUUCUUCUUCUUCCUCUCCCCCAGUUCCCAGAGCUUUCUCUCUUCCCACCCCUCUCAUUCACCAUCCCCCCAUCUCAGACGGCGACACCAACCAUCUCGUUACUCUCACUUCAACCACUUACGGUUCUCUCCUUCUUAUCGACCGUCCCAAGUCCAAUCCCUUGAGAUUCUACGGCGACCAAAACGCCGACCGCUCUCUUUCGCCCCACACGGAUGAUUCCGACCACGCAUUGUCGCCAGAUUCCGUUAUCAAUACAUGGGAACUCAUGGACGGCCUUGAUGACGCCUUUGAUUUGAGUUCCGACGUUGUUCCUACCCCUCAACUCUCGAUUGAGAAAACCCCUUUCAAGCCCGAUGGAUCGGUGAAUUUAUUGGAGAAAUCGGUGGAUUCUGUUGCGCCGUCUUCCUUAGUUAAGCCGCUUUGGCAACAUUUGUCUGAAGAAGCUCUGCUUGCGAAAUUGGACCCUAAUGUUGUAUUCAGUUACCGACGAGCUCUUUCUUCCCGGCAGUUAGGCUCCAAUGGGUACCGAAAAAACGUCAAAUCAGUCGGUUCGAGUCCGGUUUGUUCUUCAUUCUCCAAUAAUUGGCUGCGUCUUCCCGGCGGAGAAGACAAAGUAGUAAUCUACUUUACGAGCUUGAGAGGAAUUCGAAAAACCUACGAGGAUUGUUGUUCGAUUCGUACAAUCUUCAGAGGUUUUAGAGUUCCAGUCGAUGAACGGGACAUUUCCAUGGAUUCAUCUUACAGAAAAGAGUUGCAGAGUGCAAUUGGAGGGAAGACAGUGAGUUUGCCGCAAGUGUUCAUUAGGGGAAAGUACAUAGGUGGUGCUGAAGAAAUCAAACAGCUAAACGAGUAUGGCGAACUGGGGAAGCUUUUGGUGGGAUUUCCAGUUUGGAAUGUGAAAAGUGAGUGUGAAAGAUGUGGGGAAGCAAGGUUUCUGCCAUGCCCUAAUUGCUAUGGCAGCCGGAAGGUGUUUAAAGAAGAUGAAGGAGAGUUGAGAAGAUGCCCUGAUUGCAAUGAAAAUGGCUUGAUAAAGUGCCCAGAUUGUUGCUUCUGAAUCUGAAUGCAAAUAUUUUAGGUAUUUACUCAAUCACUUAUUCCUACAAUGAUGAAAAUCAAAAUGCUUCUUCUUUGCUUGCUGCUUGCUUUGUAAUUGUAGGAUUUAUUUGUUCAUGUUCCAUGAACAGUGUACAAUCAUUAUCAAGGGAAAAAAACAGGAAAAAAAAAAAAAAACAAGAAGAUGAUGUUUUCAUUUGUUCUUCAACAUAUAUUGAGUUAUGUAGUAUAGACUUUGACAUCAUUCUGCGUUGGGAUGGUGUCCUAAACAUGUUAUAUGCAUUCUCAAUGUUGUUUGGCAUUAAAAA